CAUGAAUUAAACUUUUAGCAAAAUCAGACCCAAAACUACAGACUCUCAUACUCGAAAUUCCUCUCAUCAUUAAUUGAUCUCUCAAUUGUUUUAAUAAAUCAAUUCCUACUAUGAAUAAGAAGAAAAACCCAGACCGAAAACUCAAUCCAGAUAAAGAAAAAUAAUUCCUUUCAAUUAUUCUCAAUCUAAUACUUAUGACCCUACGGAUAAUUUAAUUGAUCGCUUAUAUCCCACUAUAGAAUAAGAUGCAAAAUUCGUUUUCAUCAAAACUAGAGAAAGAGCAAUGCGAAAACCACCUUCAGGUAAAAGCAGAAAAAAAAUGAAUGAAGAGCCAAAAUUUUAACUAAACCCCAUUAAGAAACCCACCUUAAUUGAAGAAAUCGACUAAUAGACUAUUCCUCCUAAAAAGACGAUUGAGUAAAAGACUGAUAAUUCAUUCUAUCUUCUCAAGUAGUUGCGUAUUAAUAUUUAGUUCUAUACAUAUGCUCAAGACAAUGAAAAAAGAUAAAAUGAAUUUAUUUAAUUGCAGUUUUAAUUGA